GUAAAAUGUUUUUACGUCAUAAAUUAAUAUUAUUGUACUUUAAAUGUGAUCUGGUGUACUACUGAGUUGUCACUCCACAUUACCUUUUACUUGAAUAGAAACCAUGAAAAUGAAACAAACACAACUGGAACGUAAUUUUAAUUUGGUUGCAAAGUUAAUGAUUAUCCUGUGUGGGAUUUCUAUCUUAUCGCGGGUCCAAUUGCCCAUUGAGUGUUUAACUGAGAGUCAGUUUAAAGGCAAAUGUCCACAUGCCAGCUCAACUUGUUGAGAUCAUUUCUCAGCACCAUCUAUUUUCUCUUGGCGUUUUCUCGUGGAAACAUCAAGAAUGAUUCUUUCACGAAUUUAUGCUACGUUAUGGAAAACAAGCAUGUUUUUGGUGAUAUUGCCACAACUGAGCCGUGGAUUACUGUCUGAAUUCAAGAUCUGUGGAGAUUCAGAGUGUGAAAGCCUAAUGAGCAGAGUGCAAGCAGUCAGGGAUCACCGUGGAAGGGAUUGUCGCUUCUUGAGUUUCCAACAAGGAGAGACCAUCUUUGUAUACCACAAACUGACUGGAAAGAGGAGCAAUCUUUGGGCUGGCAGUAUUAACAAAAAGUUUGGCUAUUUUCCAAAAGAAGCUGUAAAAGAGGAGCAGAAAUUUGCGAGGAAGGAGAUAGUUGUUCCAACACAGGAAUCAGAUUUUCUUUGUGUGGAUGACUUUGGCUAUCCCAUUGACUCCAGUCACUUGGAAACUGAUGAUGAUGUUAAUGGUGAUGAUUCUGAUCUAAGCCAACUUGAGGAUAUUGAAAUGAGUCAAAGAAGCAAUUACACCAAUGAAGAAAAUGCUGAAACGUCUUCAAAAUCUAAAGAUACCACCACAGAAUCUGAUACAUCAGAAGAAGAGCUAGAAAAUCCUGAAACUGCUGUGGAUGUGCAGGAAAAAGGUGGGUCUCCCCCUUCUUCCUGGCUCAGUUCUCCGGUGACAGGAUGGUUAGGUCUAGGACAACAGGAGGAACCUGACAAUUCAGCUGAAAGUAAGAAGAAACAUUUAAUGCGGGAAGAAGAGUCGCUCACAUCUUCAGUGCCUGGGUGGCUGGGGUUAAGAAGUGAAGGAAAAUCAGACAAUGCAAAUCAUGGACAACAGGAUAGAGAGACUAUUAAGUCUUUGCCUUCAACCAUGACUGGAUGGCUUGGCUUUGGUGGUGAAGAAAAAGCAGAAUUUUCUGCAGAAAAAGUGCAUGAUGGUGCAAGAGAAAUUGACAUUGAAACAGCACCCGAAGAUAACUUCAGGAGCAGGAAGAUGUAUCUAGAAACACAAAAGGUGACGAGUUGGCUCGGUAAUGGUCUUUCAAAAACGCUGGGGUUCGAUCUGAGUGAACAGGACAAUGGAGAAACUAUACAAGUUAGUAGGGAAGAAGGAGAGAAGGACGAGAAAGAGACAGCAUUCCGUUCUUGGUUUGAUUUGGGAAUCAGGAACAUUUUAGCAUUCAAAAAAGACAACAGUGAAACUGGCGGGAUUGCCUCAGACACAGAGCCUGAGGACGUUGUGCGAGGGCAUGUUAAUUCUGAUGAUAAUAAUAUAGAAGAUUCAACCACCAAUACUAAGGAUAGUGAGUUAGAUAGCACAUCUCAGCAUGAUCAAGACGUCAACCCUCUUGAAAACCAAAAGGUGGUCAUUGACUUGGUUCAAGAUGCUAAGGACGGAGAAAAUAAGUUUGACCACUUAGGAAGUAAGAAUGAUGUCACCCCACUGACAGUGUUCACCGACAUGAAAUCUAGGUCAAUGCAGCAGUCAAUGAGUAAGAUUGAAGAUUCCCAAAAAGAUCAGCUAGACAUCCGUGAUGAGGCAGAGUUUACAAAUCAGGUACAAAACACGGACAACUCCAACAUAUCAUUUGUUUAUGGUGCUAGUGAUGAGAAACACAAAGUUCUGAGGAGAGAUGAGGAAAUCCUUAAGUUGGAAGCGUCUGUAGAUCAGAGUAAAGUGCAAGAAAGUGGGUCUGCAAAUGAGAAACAGGAGGAAGUAAAUGACAAAGAGCAAAAUAAAGAUAUAGAUGAACAAAAAUAUCUGGAUGAUAAUCAAAAGAAUAUAGAAGAGAUUUUACCGAAUCGACUACAUGAGACGAUUCAAGAUGAGUUUAACGAAAGUGCAACGCAUGAGAACUGGAAGGUUUCAGACGCGAACAAAGAUGAAGAAAACAACCAUCUGGAAUUGAAUGUAGACUACUUAAUAAUGAGAGAUAAGGAAUUUACAGAUGAAAACCUUUCAGGAAAGGAUACAGAAAAACAUUCCUCUCAUUGGAGUACACCAACUGAAAAUGGCAAAGAAAUGGAGACCCAAGACCUCCAAGGGACUGAAGUUAGUUUUGUGUCUUCUCUUGCCCCUAAAGCUGAUGAGAAAGAAUCUAUAGAUGAGAAACGUGAUGUAUUGAGCGAGGAAGAAAAACAGAAAGAGAUGAAGCUGACAGAAGAGCAAGAAUUUUCUCAAUUGUUAGUUGAAAAGCAAAAGGAAACGGUUGAGAGAAAGGAAGACAUGCAGAAGGAUUUUACACCUAGCGAAAAGGAGGAGCCAUUAGAAGAAUUGCAAGUAAAACCACUAGAAGAUUUAACAGACAUGGAGCAGUUACAUUUUAAGAAGAAUGGGGAGCUUCUGGAGGAAGGCAAGCAGGGGAAUGUGGCAGCGUUAAAAGAAGUGAGGAGAAGCGUUAACAUGAAGAAACAUGCAGUGGAGGAUGAGUUGAUCAAAGAGAUUGAAGAGAAGAAACAGGAAAUGCUGAUUACUAGUAUAGAGGAGAUUGAAGAGAAGAAUCAUGUUAAACUUGGGAGCUUUAUAGAGAAAGGCAAUGUAGAGGACUUUGAAGAUGAGAAGGAGGAAAGCAUUGAAAGUGGAGAAGGAAAGAAACAUGAGGUGGUGGAACCCUUGAUAGAGACGAAGCAAGAAGUAGUGGAGCAGAACAUAGCAGAGUUUAUAUACAGGCAGGUAGGAAAGUUAGAUGACAAAAACUAUGAAUUGAAUGGUGAGUUAGUAAAAGAGUUGGGCGACAGACAAGAAGAGAGUAGGGAAAGGUUUGAAAAAAAGGAUGAACUAGAUGGUGAGUCAGAAGAAGAGUUAGAAAAUAAGUGGCAAGAAGAAUUCAAAGAUAGGGAGCGGGACAAUGUGGAAAAUCUAGAGAAGUACGAUGCCAAUGGUGAGUUGGCUGACAAGUUAGAAGAGAAGUAUGAAGUGUUUGGUGAGUCAAUAGAAACAUUUGAAAAAAAGAGGCAAGGUGCAUUAAAAGAUGAGGAGCAGGAUAGGUUGGUAAAGUUAGAGAAGUAUGAAGUACAGGGUGAGUCUGUGGAAAAGUUAGAAAAUGAGGAGUAUGUAGAGCUAAAGGUGAAGAAGCAGGAAGACGAAGGAAAGUUAGAGGAGAAAGGGUAUAUGCUGAGUUGUGAGCUUCAAGAGAAGAGGCAAGAAGAGUUAGAAGACAGGGGGCAGAAGGUGGAGGAAAAGAAACAUACACUGGAUUGUGAGAUGGAAGACAAGAUACAAGAAGAUUUGGAGCAAACGUUAGAAGACAAGUAUGAGGUAGAUAGGGAGUCAGUAGCAAAAUUUGAAAAUAAAAAGCAAGAACAGUUUAAAGAAAAUGAACGGGAAGACGUGCAAACAUUAGAAAAGUAUGAAGCAGAUGAUGAGCCAGUAGAAAAAAUAGAAAAGAAGGAGACUUUAGAGGAGACAAAAGUGAAGCUACAGGAAGAAAUGAAACUGUUGGAUGAGACAUAUGAGGUGAUUGGUCAGUCCGUAGGAAUGUUUGAAGACAAAAGUAAAGAAGAUCCAGAACACAAAGAGCACGAGAAAUCAAAUGAGUUUGAACUUGACAAAUAUGAAGAUUUAAACAAAAUAGUUUUGCAGGAAGAAGUUGACGAGAAUAGAAACGGAGGGGCAAGAAAUUGGAAACAUGUAUUGGAGUUAGAAGAAGAUGGAACAUGGGAUGGGUUUGUGCAGGCCAAUGAAGAGGUAAAACAAGAGUUUAAUAGGGAUGUUAAGGUAAGUGUAGACACGCAGAAGAUUGGUGACCCUUCAGCUAGGUGGAAUGUCAAGGAGAAAAUGAAGAGUUUUGAAUGUAUGGAUGACCUUUGUGCGCGGAUGGAUCAAAAUCAAAUCCUAAGAGAAAGAGAAGUAAACAAUUUUAUAUCUGAUAAUUUAGCACAACCAGAUAUUUUAUUAGCAGAUGGACCACUAGAGAACCCCAAGAUUUUCUCAGACGACAUUGAUCAGACAGGUAAAACUGAGUUCACCGAAAAUGUGCUACAUUUAAAUGAGAAAGAUGACGGGGUCCCUCAGAAGAGUUCAUUUGAGACUCCCAAAAUACCAGUUAGUUCUAAUGGCAUUAAUACAGGAUCUGAAAGUGAAUUCAAAAACGAUGUACAAAUUGGUGAGAACAGUGAAAUUACAGCAGAAAGUGGAGGAGUAUUUGGACUUUUUAAAGAAGUCAUGAAUUCAUUUUACCAAAGCCCAAUCAUGGGAAAAAAAGAGCUGACAGAAUCUCCCUCAGAGUUUGAUGAAAAUUUAAACGAGAUUUUAAAGCCUCAACCCGUUCACACUACUGAAAAACAGGUGGACUACACAGCAAACAAUAAAGAGUUCCAAACAAACUUGCAACCACCAACGACGCAGAAUUCCCAAGACCACAUGGGCAAAGAAGAGACAACUAUUUUGGAGGCGCUAGCUCAGCCAAACGCAUAUCUACAAGAUCAAGCGACAACCUUGAUGACACCAAGGGUGAUGGUGGAAAAACAGAAAGAAGGACGUAGUGAAGAAAUGUCCCUGCUAGAGAAAGUGUCUCACAGCCAGACAGUACCAUCACAGUUACUUGAAGGGACAAUGGUGCAGAUUCAGCAUCUUAUUAAUGGAAUUAAGGAACACUCAUCCUUUCAUACAGAAAAGGACUUUCCAAAAUGGUUUAAAAUGCAGGUUGUUUCGUCAUUGCCUGAUGACAUGAGGCCUGGGCCUGAUCUCUAUGGAAUUCCAUGGGAACCAAUUGUCAUCUCAAGUUUAGUGGGGCUCGUGACAGUGUUCUUGUUCAGUUGCCGAUUUUACCGCUCUGUCAAAAGCAGAAUGUAUCAACGAAAAGAAUGGUGGAUGGCUGAGAAAGUUGCACAAUUGCUUGAAGAGAAAUGUGAAGUCCUGGAAACACUUGGUAAAUGUCAACAAGAGUAUGACGAAUUGGAGAACUCGCUGAAAGAUGGCGGUGUCUUAGCUCAAACCCAUAAGACAAGAGAUUUGGAGGUCAGAGCCCAACAGUUAGAUAUUGAUAAAACUCAACUGGAAAAAACUCUACUUGAAUUGAAGGAUCAGUUGGAUCAGCAGAAAGCACAUCGAAUAGAACAAGAACAGAAGAUUACACUCCUUGAGCAGAGCAUGGAAAAAACAGAGGAAGAAACCAAAGAGCUCCAAUCACAAGAAGAACAGGCCCAAACAACCAUUAAAGUGUACAAUAUGAACUGUGAGAGACUACAGAAGAAUCUGGAAACAUCUUCUGAAGAAAACACUCUGCUCAAAGAAAGCAACACACAGUUAAGGCAACAGGUGGAGGGAUGGGCAGAGCGAGUCAGUGAGCUGGAGGAGGAGAUAAGGCGGUAUGAAUUGGCCCACAACGGAAUGAUGCAGGAUGUGGCCAACAAGGAUGAACGUAUUAUGUCACUCACUGAUCGGCUGCUGGGGAUGAAAGCUUGGGAUGCUGAUCUGGAAGGUGAUAGAAGCGUCACAUCCAAGGGGACUACAGGAAAAGAAAGAAACGGAAAAGUAGAUGCAACCAAGUCAGAAGUUCAUCUCCAGAAAGUCCAAAAACUUAUUUAUGCUGCUAAGUUAAAUGCAGAUCUCAAAUCCGUGGAUGAAGACAAGGACAGAGUGUUUGCCAAACUUAAUGAUGAAGUAAAAGCUAAAGAGGACUUAGAAGUGAGCAUUAAGGAGUUGGAGAAUGAGCAAUCAUCUAUGCAAGCGGAGACUGAGCACUACUCUGAACAGGUCCAGCGACUGCAACAGAAACUCCAAAUUAUGACUGAAAUGUACCAAGAGAAUGAGCUCAAACUACACAGGUUGCUGACAGUGGAAGAAAAGGAGCGUCUGCAGAAAGAAGACAAAUUGAAUAAAGCAGACAAAAACAUUGCUUUGGCAAUGGAGGAACUCAACAACUACAAGCUUCGUGCCGGUGAGAUGGAGGAGGAACUGGAAAAAACCAAGCAGUCGUAUCAGACCCAAAUAUCUGCCCAUGAAAAGAAGGCUCACAAUAAUUGGCUUGCAGCCAGGGCAGCUGACCGAGAGCUGUCAGACAUUAAAAGAGAGAACAGCCUCCUCAGGCAGAAGAUUACAGACACACAGUUUAAGUUGGAUGCCCUUGACAAAGAUCCGUUUGCCUUGGACAGCCUGGCUAGGCCUUUACCUUUCCGAGCUGAAAGAUUGCCAUAUGGUCCUUCUCCUUUGGGUCGGCCUGCAUCUGAGAACAGAGCUUUACUCUCGCCUCCUACACUUGUUGAAGGGGCUUUAAACAGACUGUCACCUAGAGAUUCGCCUGACCUGAUGACAACAUUUGAUUCUUUUCAAGUAACUCGUGGACCAGACACUGGUGUCCAAGGGGAAAUGGAGCGGUUUGGAGGUCCACACUCGGACAGCGGCUCCAUCUCUCCUUCGUGGGAAAAAGAUCGCAGGGGCCCACCACCAGGACCCCCUGGACCAUUCCCCCCUCCAGGCUAUGUGUUUCCUGAACCGGGAGGUCCAAUCUACAGGAGACCUGGUCCUCCACCAGGAGUAAUGGGUCCUCUGCCACCUCCAGGUCCUCCUUUUCCACAUCCAAGGAGUCUCCCAAUUUUGGGGCCCUCAGGACCCGUCUACCCCGCAGACACAUCAGAUGGCAUAAGCAGAGAAAACAGCCUAGGACCUGAGCACAAUCACAGAGAGCCUGGUCCCGGUGAUCGAAGAACUCCCCCCGAAUCCGUUCUGAGAAUGGGGGUAGCACCACCUCUCGGUCCAUCGAUGGGCCCUUUAGAUGGCCCAUUUCCUCGAAGAGCACCCUUUGAACCUCCUGAUUUUUUCCCUCCCAGAGGUCCUGGUGGACCUCCCAUGAUGCCCAUGUGGGCUCCUCGGCCAGGGAUGAUGUUCCCUCCUCGGUACCCUCAUGGCGGACCGCUACAACCUCACCCGCUUGCUUAUGGUCCACCAAUGCGCCCUCCUCCAACCGAUGGCCUUCCACCUCUUUCCACGGUUCCUCCCAUUUCCCAGCAGAACCUCUCGUCUGUGCCACACAGCCAAUCACUAGAUGAUCAAACAUCUCCUCCUUAAGGUGCCAUGUCAAUCUGAUCAGGUUUCCAUUUUUUUUGUGUUCAUACAGCCACUAUUGAUGAGUAACCAUGCUCAUCUUCAAGUGCCAUUGACUGUGUUAGACGUCCAUUCCAUUUGGAUUGGGAAGGACGAAUGAACAUUCGUUCAUUCGCCCCUUUCUAGCGCUGUUAAUGGCAGCCAAUUAGUUGAUAUUAUUUGAGUGGUCAAGUCACACUUUCCCGAUUUUGAGACAUUGCCUCGACCCGAGUGAUUAGCAGCGGUAUAAAAAAAUGGAUGGAUUUCAGAUUUGGAACAUGACUCAUUGAUAUCUAAAGCAGGAUACUCAACAGUAGCUGAUCUGUGAGGCUUGUUGCUCAUACUUGAGCAAUUCUGCACUUUAUCUAUUAAAGAGGAAAGCCGAUUUUCUCUUUUCACAGGUUAUUUUAUUCUCUUAAUGAAAAGGAGAUGACGACACACAAUUCAAGAACAAAAAGAAAGCAAUAAUCACCUAUGAUAAACAAAUUAGUUAAGGAAAGUAAAAGCUGGCCGGCCAGAAGAAAUGUCCCUGAGAGACCCACGCAGGUUCUCCCAAGACGAUCUGUCUCGAACCCUCAAGAUCAUACAGUUUAUAUUUGUCGUUAUAGCAGGUGACAGACUAGUGCCCACCUCUUCAUAAAAACGCAUUAGGCAGCUGUCUUAUCGGUUCGUGAUCUUGCUUCAGAGAAGAUGCUGAGAGCUGUAAAUCUUAUCUGGUACAAAAUUAUAUUUAAAUGAAUGUACCAAAUACAAUGAACAAACAUAUGGAAACGAGUAUCUCUACAACAGUGGUGUCCUAACUAUUCCACAUAGGGCCGCAGUGGGUGCUGGAUUUCAUUCCUACAAAACAAGAUGACAUCUUUUCACCAAUCUGGUGUCUCACAAGUUUAAUCAGUUGAUUGCAGUCAGGUGCUGCUUGUUUUAGCACAAAAUUCAUUGGUUAAACUGCCUGUGCUCGAUUGGUAGGAACAAAAACACAGGACCCACAGCGGCCCUUCCGGACAGGUUUGGACACCCAUGCUCUACAAUGUCCAUCCAUUUUAUACCAUUCAUCCUGUUCAGAGUUAUGGGCAAGCUCCCAACUGUCCCAGCUGAGUUUUGACAAGAAGCAGGGUUCACCGUUAGCUGGGCCAAUUCACAAGGCACAUUUGACCUAAGUUAUCAAAAUAAAUCUUAAAGUUACAGGAAUUGAAUGUGAUAACCACAUAGUUCAGUUUGCUGCUCUCUUUCACAAUUAUUUACUGAAAAUAAGCCACCCUGUGUGGGUGUUUUAUUUGGGGAAAAAAAUGCUAAAUGUCCCAAAUGAAUUUGUCUCAUUUAUUUGAAUGUCGGUCAAAACCUAUUAAAUUAUUUUUUGGGGCCCACAUAGAAUCAGUUACUACACUUAUAUUCUGUUGUUGUCAUUGAUUUUAUUCCCACUCUGUUUCUUGGUAAUGUUAUGUCAGACUUUCUUGAGUCUAUUGACUUCAAAAUGCAUGUUCCUGAGUUCAAAUUUGAGCAACACCAUCUUACUUUACACAGUAUCUCAAUGAUGGCUUCUUUUGUGAAUAUUUCUUAGAUCUAACUUCAUCAGCAGCUGGCCUAAAAAAAAGAGGUCACCGGUUUGUUGUGAAUUUUGUAACAUAAACAUGAAAAAAUAAACAUGAAUACUGUAAAUGUUUUGGCCAUG